AUGAAGGAUUUAGGUCCUUUGAAGUAUUUUUUGGGUAUUGAAGUUGCUUGUAGUUCUGCAGGCUUAUUUUUGUGCCAAAGAAAAUAUACUUUGGAUAUUGUUUCUGAGGCAGGUUUAUUAGGGGCCAAGCCUAGUGGUUCUCCCAUAGAACAAAAUCAUAAGCUCGGUUUGGCUAAUGGGGCGCUUCUUACUGAUCCGGAAGCUUAUCGCCGACUUGUUGGUCGCUUAAUUUAUCUUUCUGUAACAAGACCGGACUUAGCAUACUCUUUACACAUCUUGUCACAAUUCAUGCAGGCGCCUAGAAUAGAACAUUGGGAGGCCGCGUUAAGGGUUGUUCGGUACUUGAAAGGUACUCCGGGUCAGGGUAUACUGUUGCAUUCAGACUGUGAUUUGACUUUACAGGGUUGGUGUGAUUCAGAUUGGGCGGCUUGUCCACUCACUCGUCGUUCUCUUACAGGCUGGUUAGUAUUUUUGGGCAAAUCACUUGUUUCUUGGAAGACUAAGAAGCAACAUACUGUUUCUCGUUCUUCAGCAGAGGCUGAAUACAGAUCUAUGGCUGCUAUUACUUGUGAGUUGAAAUGGCUCAAAGGUUUGCUGUUAAGUUUGGGUGUUAAUCAUCCGAAGUCUAUUGAUUUAUUCUGUGAUAGUGAGUUGGCUUUGCAUAUUGCAAAGAAUCCUGUUUUUCAUGAACGAACAAAACAUAUUGAAAUUGACUGUCACUUUGUUCGUGAUGCCAUAACUGAAGGUUUGAUUACUCCGGGUCAUGUUUCUACUUUUUUACAGUUAGCAGAUAUUUUUACAAAGGCUCUUGGCAAGACACAGUUUGAUGUAUUACUCUCCAAGUUGGGCAUUCAUGAUCCCCACGCUCCAACUUGA